AUGGCCUUUGAGUAUCCAGAACAACUCCUCACCCCCGAGAACAGUCGCUCGGAGACUUCCAGCAACAAUGAGAACGCGUCUACCGAGGAAAAGCCGACUGUACGGCGAAGAUCUACACGUGUAACACGCGCCUCUUUACGGGGGGGGGCACAACUCGACGGCGACAUGGAGAUAGAUAACCAAGGGACUUUGUCUACGGCUGGCGAAAAUAACCCCGCGGUCUCGGGUGAGACUCUGCUCGAUAAAGCUGAGGGUGGGAAAAGGUCCCAGGCCUCCCACCUACGCCACAGCAUAGCGGUCAUGGAGUCCUGGAGCGAAGCAACACUGACACAAGGCAAUAUGGAGACUGAAGGGGACCAUCCAAUGGCCCCAGAUACUCCAGUUUCUAAGUCCUCGCAAGAGCUGCAGGCCAGUGACAUGAGCACGUCAUUGCAACAACGCACUUUACGGAAGCGCGUAGAACGGAUCCUGACUGAGGAAGGGGGCAACAAUAUGGGCAAAGUUACUGUAACGGCUAAAGAAAGCAAGUCGCCAGUAAGACGCUCGUCUCGUUUGAGUCUGUUAGAGAAGGCUUCAGACCUUGUUGGCCGGGCUAGCAGCGUUUUGGGCAAACGCUCGCGUGACGUGAUGGGAAAGGGUAAAGAACUUGGCCGUCGGGCCAGUCUGCGACCUCGAAUCACUGCCCCCAAGGAAGAACCGGCCAAGGCUGCCAGCGAGGCUCCCCCGGCGAAAAAGAGGCGUGUUUCUGAAGGCGAUCUACCUGUCAAAAUCCAGGAAAAUGAAGACGUCGUGCAGGAGGCUCCUAAGCCUGUGACUCGAUCCAAGACAAAGCGCUGGUUAGCUCAUGGAUUGUACACAGGCCAGGAACACACUGAGUCGCGGCCAUUGCAGAGUAGGAACAGAAAUGCAAAGCGCAGAAGUCAAGGUCCCACACAACGCAGACUGCUUCCUAUGCCAAUGUUUGCAGGGGAUCGACUACUGAAGCAGGGAAGAGAUUUCCAGCUCCCCUUUGAUAUCUUUUCCCCGCUCCCUUCGGGUCAGCCCAAACCGAAUGAGUGGAGAAAGACAAACAAGAAUGUCUUUGUCGGGGAAGCAUCCAGUAUAUGGCGAGCAAACAAGCCAUUGGAGCUAUCCAAGUGCAUGUGUGCGGAAGAGACUGGCUGUGACGAGGAAUGUCAAAACCGUUACAUGUUCUACGAAUGUGACGACAGCAAUUGUGGUGUAGGCCCCCAGUGUGGAAAUCGGAAUUUCGAGGAACUGAAGCAGAGAACCAAAGCUGGCGGGAAAUACAAUAUUGGAGUUGAAGUCAUCAAGACAGAAGAUCGAGGAUACGGCGUUCGUAGCAACCGCACAUUCGAGCCUAACCAGGUCAUCGUGGAAUACACAGGGGAGAUCAUAACGCAAGCGGAAUGUGAAAAACGAAUGAGGACGAUUUAUAAGAAUAACGAGUGUUACUACCUCAUGUACUUUGAUCAGAACAUGAUCAUCGAUGCUACCAGGGGCUCUAUCGCUCGUUUCGUAAACCAUUCUUGCGAGCCCAACUGUCGGAUGGAGAAGUGGACAGUCGCAGGGAAACCGCGUAUGGCGCUUUUUGCUGGUGAUCGGGGAAUAAUGACCGGGGAAGAACUGACCUAUGAUUAUAACUUUGACCCAUAUUCUCAGAAAAACGUUCAGCAAUGCCGAUGUGGAUCGGACAGAUGCCGUGGUAUCCUGGGACCACGGCCGCGGGAGAAAGAGCAGCGUUCAAAGGAGAAGGAACUGAGAGCUGAAAAUGAGAAGAAAUCUAGUUCGAAGAAUAACAAUAAAAAAGCCAGCAUCACCAAGCAGAAGGUGUUGAAUGGGGCUACUUCGCGCAUCAAUAAGCGACAGCUUCUUGGUUCGAAGUCCAUCAAGUCUGGUGUGAAGAAGGUUGUUUCUAAAGCACGCGCUUCUACUUCCAAAGCAACUACAACAUCGAGAACUGGUUCGAAAGCGACUGUCACCACAAAGACCUCCAAAACAACAACCAAGAAAAACACGGCAACUCCAUCACGACGCCAAGUGAAGAAAGAUAACUCCAAAUCCAAGAAGGAAGUUAAACUGCCCAAGGUCAAGACUACGAAGACCAAAGCCAGAGCCCCGGCGUGUGCCAGGAAACCGGCACAGACAACCAAAACCCAGUCGACCCCAUCAAGAUCUAAACUAAGUCGUCCAUCUGAGAAGACUAAAGCGAAGAUCCUCCAGGCUGCUAAGGGGACGAACACUCGCAGACGUACGGUGAAAAAGGAAGAAACCAAGCCCAAAAAUCCUGCGAAGCGUACUUCUAAAGCCAAAGAGACUAGUCCUCGGGGGAAGGCAGCAAGCAAGGCUGCCAAAAGCACCAAGGCAUGA